GUUCUUGGCUAUCUCCAACAAAUUUUCGAAAUUAAAACUCUGGUUAUUUUUGGAAAUGUGCUGGCCACAAUCAGCAUUGCAGCUUGUUUCUUUGCUGAUAACAUUUUAACGGUUACAAUUCUAUGGGGUAUUAUAUUUGGUGUUUGUUUCGCCCUUGGAACGCAGUUUCUGCCAUCAUUACUUAAUGACCAUUUCACAGUAAACCGAAGCAAAGCAAACGGCUUCGCAUAUGCAGGAGCUUGUUUUGGAGGAAUAAUGCUGCCACCAAUAAUGGAUGCUUGCAUGGAAUACUAUGGGCUAAAUGGAUCUUUCUUAGUUUUAGCAGGUAUAAUGGGGCAUCUAAUUCCAUUUGCAUUUCUUUUGAAAUCCAGAAAAGAAAAUUCGAAAUCUGUAAUUUCGAAUGGGAAAGACAAAGAGAAGCGUAUUGGAAUAAAAGAUGAGAAGGAAACAAUGUUUGCUUCGAUACAUCCUAGCGAUAAAAACAAUGACAAGAACAGUUCUACUCAUGCUAACGACAUGGCAACAGAAACAUUAUUUGAACCCGAUGACGUCAAAACGUGUCCUUCAACAGAAACAAAAAAUCAUAUAUCACGCCAAAAUACGGAACGGAAAGAACCACCUUUAACUUUUUCAUUCAAAAAUUUUAAACUGUUUACCGAUUCAACAUUUAUAGUUAUGUUAAUUAUGACUGCCGGGACCACACUUAUAACAACAACUAUGUGGACGAUAAUUCUGGAUUUUGUUCGAGAUAAAGGCAUUGGUGUAAAUUUGGAAAUUUAUUAUGUCAUGAUAAUGGCGAUCGCGGACAUAUUUGGGAGAAUAGCUUCUGGAUUUGUUAUCGACAAAAACUAUUUACCAACAAUUUUGAUGACGUCAAUUAGCUUUAUGUGCACUGGGUUGACUUUACUUGGUUUAGUGUUCGCUUAUAAUUACUUACUCCUGGUGUUUAUCGAAUUCCUUUUCCCUGUAUUUUAUGGAUUUACAUUGAUUUUGCAAAUCGCUUUGAUCCAUGAAUUCAUUCAGCCCGAGAGAAGUGUUAUGGCAAUGGUCAGCAGAUUUGUGCUGUAUUCACCUUUGAGUUUGACUAUAUCUCCAAUAAUCGGUUAUUUUAGAGGAGACAAUGGGUCUUAUGAUGGUGUUGUUUUUACUCUAAUGGGUAUUUCUUUUUUCUGUGGAUUUAUUUCACUUACAAUACCUUAUUUGGCAAAAAGAAGACGAACAGCAUCAGACAUUGUAUCGUAAAUUCAUGUAAAAUGUGUUGAAUCAGCUGUAAACA